CAGAGAGAGAGAGAGAGAGAGAGAGAGAGAGAGAGAGAGACAGACACAGAGAGAGACAGAGAGAGACAGAGAGAGAGACAGAGAGAGAGAGAGGCUGUGUUAAGGAGAAUCCGUAGCCCUCUGGCUCACAAGGAUAAAGGAUUGCAGAAAGGAAGAGAGGGGAAAAAGCACUCCCUCUCUUUACCUACCAGAGGUUUUGUGUUUAUUUUCUUUGUCCUUCUCUAAAUUUGUUUUAUCCAUCCUUCUUUCACCUCGGGUCCGGCGGAAGGAGGAACAGCACAACCCGGAGACGCUCUACAGCACGUUCAGCCGGUGGUGGAACUUGAUGCUGUCGUGUGGGUGUUGAGCUGAGAGGCCCUGGUUGAUGCAGUGAAGAGCUCUAUAAGGACAAACACAAGAAACGGAUACGGAAUAACAGAUCACGGCAGAGAAGAGAAGGAGGGAAGAGAGGAAGAGGGAGGUGACAUACAGACAGAGUGCAGAUAGCAACCUUUGACUGGUGUGAAGGAGACUCAUGGGUAACCUCCUGAAAGUGCUGGCUUGCUCCGAACUAGAGCAUGGCCCAAUAGUUUUCCUUGACUUUGAACAUGCUCAGCCUACGGAGGCAGAGACGGCGGUAUGGAACCAGGUCAGUGCUGUGCUGGAGGAGGCCCACGGCAUCCUGGCUGAACUACAGUCGUACAACGGGGCGGGACAGGAGAUACGAGAGGCCAUCCAGAACCCAGGUGAUCUGCAGUUACAGGAGAAGGCCUGGAACGCAGUCUGCCCCCUGGUGGCCAAGCUCAAACGCUUCUACGAGUUCUCCCUCCGACUGGAAAAUGCCUUGCGUAGCCUGUUGGAGGCGCUGACGAGCCCUCCCUACGCUCCCAUGCAGCACCUAGAGAGAGAACAGGCCCUGGCCAAACAGUUCGCUGAGAUACUCCACUUCACCCUCAGCUUCGACGAACUAAAAAUGACAAACCCAGCCAUUCAGAAUGACUUCAGCUACUACAGGAGGACAAUCAGUAGAAACAGGCUGAACAACCAGCAGUUGGAGGCAGAGAACGAGGUGAACAAUGAGAUGGCCAAUCGGAUGUCUCUGUUCUACGCCGAGGCCACGCCCAUGCUGAAGACCCUGAGUAACGCCACCACCAAGUUUGUGUCAGAGAAUAAGACCUUACCCAUUGAAGACACCACAGACUGUCUGAGCACCAUGGCCUGUGUGUGUCGCGUCAUGCUGGAGACCCCUGAGUACCGUUGUAGGUUCACCAACACAGACACCAUGUUGUUCUGUAUGAGGGUGAUGGUGGGAGUGAUCAUUCUGUACGACCAUGUCCACCCUGUAGGAGCCUUUGCCAAGACCUCCAAAAUAGACAUGAAGGGCUGCAUCAAGGUGCUGAAAGAACAGCCUUCCAACAGUGUGGAGGGACUGCUGAACGCACUGAGGUAUACGACCCGACAUCUAAACGACGAUAGCACCUCCAAACAAAUCAGGGCUCUUCUCCAAUGAGAGUGAGAGGAGCAGAGAGAGGGAAGGAAGAUGAGAUAGCGAACACGGAGGGAGAUGAAGAAGAACGAGGGGAGAACAAACUGUGGUGUGCUGAAUCCUGUUUGUUUACAAGAAUGAAAAGCAAAAUGAUCCGGUCUGAUAAGAAGCGCUGAUGAAAAGAACAAGUCUAUGUGUUGCUCAUCAUUCUGUCUCCCAUUUUGUAAAAAAGAAAAUGAAGGAAGAUAAACUAUAGAGAUAUAUAUUAAAGAGAAAAAUAGCGAAACAAAAAAAAUAAACAAGUGUUACAAGAUGGAAAUAAGACUAAAGAAGAACAACAAGGAAAAAGCUAUAUUAAUAAGACUAAAGAAGAAGAACAACAAGGAAAAAGCUAUAUUAAUAAGACUAAAGAAGAAGAACAACAAGGAAAAAGCUAUAUUAAUAAGACUAAAGAAGAAGAACAACAAGGAAAAAGCUAUAUUAAUAAGACUAAAGAAGAAGAACAACAAGGAAAAAGCUAUAUUAAUAAGACUAAAGAAGAAGAACAACAAGGAAAAAGCUAUAUUAAUAAGACUAAAGAAGAAGAACAACAAGGAAAAAGCUAUAUUAAUAAGACUAAAGAAGAAGAACAACAAGGAAAAAGCUAUAUUAAUAAGACUAAAGAAGAAGAACAACAAGGAAAAAGCUAUAUUAAUAAGACUAAAGAAGAAGAACAACAAGGAAAAAGCUAUAUUAAUAAGACUAAAGAAGAAGAACAACAAGGAAAAAGCUAUAUUAAUAAGACUAAAGAAGAAGAACAACAAGGAAAAAGCUAUAUUAAUAAGACUAAAGAAGAAGAACAACAAGGAAAAAGCUAUAUUAGAAAAUCUACAGUCAGUAAACAAAACUCAAACAAAAAAAAAACUGAAAAUAAACACAAAAAGAUUAAUAUUCCG